AAAUGCGCGUCCAUCACGACACCCACGAAGAUGAGACGACUUGUAUUGUUGUUUGAGUUAAUAUGGUGUUUUAUACAGAUGUAUAUAAUAGGUGUUUAUAUUCUGAUCAGAGAAAUGGUACAGGGUCAUUAUUCACCGUCAGAUAAAGAGCUUCCUGACAGUACAGGUCUAAUUGCCAUGGUUACAGGAGGCACCGAGGGAAUUGGAUUAGAAGUUGUUCGGAAAUUGAUAUCUAAAAAUGUGACUGUGUUUAUAGCAUCAAUGAAUAAAUCAAAAGCAGAGAAAAUAAUCAAUGAAUUGAAAUAUGAUUAUCCUUCAUCACAAGUUUACCAUAUAGCAGUAGAUUUAAGAAGCUUAAAAUCAGUAAAAGAUUGCGUGAAUGAAUUCCUGGAAUAUAGAAGACCACUACAUAUUCUUAUAAAUAAUGCUGGUGUUAUGUUAACACCAUAUACAUUAACCACCGAUGGUUUUGAAGAACAAUUUCAAGUCAACUAUCUGAGUCAUUUUUAUUUUACAUCAUUAUUACUGGAUAAACUUGAAUCAUCAAGUAGUCCAGAUUAUACUAGUCGUAUAGUAAAUGUUUCAUCAGCAGCUCAUGUGUUUGGAGGAAAGAAUUUAGAUAAACUGAUUUCCAAAUGUGAUGGAUUGUUUGAAUAUUCCCCCCAUUAUGCCUACACUACGUCUAAACUAGCAAUAAUACUAGCCACUUAUAGUCUACAUAAAGAGCUCAAGGGCAGUAACUCUCAUAUUACUGUUAAUGCUGUACAUCCUGGAAUAGUUAACACCGGUCUCUAUAGAAACGUUCACUGGUCUAUUAAAUGGUUGAUGAUUUUCCUUGCUAAACAUUUAUUUAAGACACCAAAAAAUGCCAGUGAUUCUGUAGUCUUUGUUGCCAUAGCACCACAUUUAGAUGGUGUAUCAGGUGGUUACUAUGACAACUGUAAAUCUGUCCAAUCGUGUGCCUUAUCAUAUGAUCAGAGUUUACAAAAAGAAUUACAGUGUCGGACUAAAGAUUUGCUUCAACAGAAGACAUGACAUGUAUUUUCUGUUUUCAAGAACUAUAAUUUAAGCAUAUUGAUCAUAAUUCAUCAAAGGGAUGAGACAAGUGAAUUCACUUGCAAAGUUCUUCAAGAACUAUGUAUCUACCACUAUAAAAUCAUAAAGGCUGAGAGUUGAGUAGUAGUUAUACACUACACUAUACAUGUACACUAUAUUAAUUUUGGAAUUUUGAAUAUUAUUCACCAUGUCUUGAUGUACGAUUGGGCAUGUUCCUGGUCGGACAAUUUAGGACGUUGCAAAAUAGCGUCGGACAUGUCCGGAAUAUACGGGUGAAAUCCCAUUUCUGACGGAGACAUACAGAUAGACACUGACUGUUGUUUGUUAUGAGUUGCUAACAAUAGAACUUAAAAUAACAUGAAAUGGGGUUUAACGUCCUACUGUUCUGUUCCGACUGGGCUAAUAAAGACGGACAUACACCAUACAGUGUGCUAUGAGGCCAUUUGACCCUGACAGCGGCACUAUGGUCAACUCUUAUUUCAAAUUCCAACUAUCAAGGGUUCUUUUACGUGCAUGGCAACAGGUACACAGGACCUCGUUUUUUGUACCAUCCGAACGACUACACACUGGCCUUCAGUCCUGCACAACUGACAAAAUCGUGAGGAACUUUCUCGGCCAAGACCUGAGUGAGCCCGAGACCUUCUGGUUAACGAGUCAGUGUCAUACUCACUGAGCCACCACAGCUCCCACAAUAAGACAGAAAGCUGAAUACUUUACAGGGGGAUGUUGACAAAUGUUGUAAUAAUUGAUGCCUCACCCUCUGACGUCAUAGGGUUAAAAGUAGGCUGUAUUUUUUUUGUUUUAAAAAAUAAUUAAAGAUAUGAAAAUUAAACUUCAAACAAAUGGGCCUAUAACAUUUAUCAAUAAACAGAUUUGGGCUUAUUCGUUUAUCUUUUUACAAAUAUAUAAUCUUAACCCUAAACCUACAUAAGAGUGAAUACUUUGCAUACAAACAUAAUGGUUCUGGGUGACAUGUAUUGUAUUGUAGGCCUUUACUGCCUUACGGCUUUUGGACUUCUAACACCAAGUUUUUCAUAGUUUUAUAACUCCUAUUUCAUUUCAAAGAUCUAUCUAUUGUAUGGCUUUUAGUUUUUUUAAUAAAUAAAUAAUUCAAGAAAUUAAAAUUGAAUCUUAAAAUGGGUUUUAUAAUAAAUUUUCCAGUAAACGUAUAGGAAUGAACUUUUUGCAUAUAUCAGAACUGAGGGUUUCCAGAAUAUAUUAAUUUGAAUGUCGACAUAAAUAUGUAUUAUACUGUAGACUUUUAAAGGCCUACUAAUGCAAAGAACCUGUUAAUGUUAAUUAAACAGGCAUUAAUCAAGAGCCAAGUCUGCCUAUUACAGGUCUUUCUUUAGGCCUUAAAUGUUAUAUUAUUAAUUAGACAUUUGUUAACAUGACAAGACUAUAACCAACCCUCUAUGCCAUCGGAUAGCUCCAAUUUUAAAUAGAUUAUCGGUAGAAAGAUUCGGUCAUAUUUUGAUGAUUAAUUUAAAAAUGGAGAUGCGAGGCCAAGUCUUGGAUAUACCAGUAUAUUAUAGCCAUGCACAUAUCUUGUCAAAACUACAAACACUGAUAACUUGAAUAA